GUAACUUGCAUUGAGAGUAAUAUAAUAAAUAAUAUCUACUUUCAGUAACGGACGAACGUAUCGAACAAUCUAACACCGAGCUCCAGUAUUAGCAAACGGAAAGUACAUAAAAAUUAAACCUAAAAAAUAAAAUACAUACUGGAACCGAACCAUCGCGUCAUAACUCUUGGAUGUAGCGUACAGAUGUCAAGACCAACAACGGAGAUUUAUAAAAGCAAUAAUGAAAAAACAUAUAUUUAUGCUUUGUCUCUUGAUCGUUCUUGGAAACGACAUGCCAAUAAACAAAACCCUAGUCUUACACAGUGCAUUUGGGGGCUUAAAAUUUAUUAUACAGUUUCGCACUAUUUGUAGAAAUAAAACCACUACGACCACCGAGGAAACUUCCACUGAACAAUUCACAACCUCAACUGAACCAUCAACUAUGUACAAUCAACUGCAAAUUCCGUCUCGAACAAAUACACUGCAAUUUAUUCCGAGAUUUUCGGACGUGGAUCAGAGUAUGAUGUUAGGCAGCUCCUUAAUAGCUCUUAAAUCUCCAGGAAAACCCACCACUUCAUAUCCUGUACCCAGUACAAUUUCGGAAGAACCAUUCGAUACAUAUGAUGAGUCGACACCCGAAAGUGAAUCACUGAUAUAUAUAACAAAAUCUAGUCCAGUUCCGAGCAGAGCCAGUGUAACAGCAUAUCACGCUCUGAGUACUAAAACAAAGUUACCAGUAACAAUACCUACAACAACAAAAAGUCUACAAAUCAACGAUGAAACAACAUCAGCUAUCAGCAUAUCCAACCAAUACACUUCCAGUAUGACGACAAAGCCAAGAAUAUCGACUGAAAAGACAAGUGCCUUAGCAUAUAGCACAACAGAAUAUAACAUUUCCAGUGCUACCCCCGAGUCAACAAUAUCUACAGGUGUAACAAGUGAGGAAAGUAAAAUAGUCCAGGAUACUUCCAGUUCUACUGACAGAACAACAACCGUAGAAUCUUCCAGCUCCUUUGAACGCACGACCCAUUCAGCAGACGACAUUGCCAGCACCACUGCAGAGUAUUUAACAGAGAGUGAAGCCACAACUGAGGAAAGCACAACAGUUGUAGAAUCUUCCACUUUCACCGAAGCCACCCCCGCCACAGCAGAUGACAUUGCCAGCACCACUGCAGAGUAUUCAACAGAGGAAAGCACAACAGUUGUAGAAUCUUCCACUUUCACCGAAGGCACCACCGCUUCAGCAGAUGACAGUGCCAGGACCACUGCAGAGUAUUCAACAGAGAGUGGAGCAACAACUGAAGAAAGUACAACACUUGUAGAAUCUUCCACUUUCACCGAAGGCACGACCUCUUCAGCAGAUGACAGUACCAGCACCACUAGUGCCAGCACCACUGCAGAGUAUUCAACAGAGACAGAUGACAGUACCAGCACCACUGCAGAGUAUGAAGAAAGCACAACAGUUGUAGGAUCUUCCACUUUCACCAAAGGCUCCUCCACUUCAGCAGAUGACAGUGCCAGCUCCACUGCAGAGUAUCCAACCGAGAGUGGAGCAACAACUGAAGAAAGCACAACAGUUGUAGAAUCUUCCACUUUCACCGAAGGCACCACCGCUUCAUCAGAUAACAUUGCCAGCACCACUGCAGAGUAUUCAACAGAGGUUGUAGAAUCUUCCACUUUCACCGAAGGCACCACCACUUCAGCAGAUGACAGUGCCAGCACCACUGCAGAGUAUCCAACCGAGAGUGGAGCAACAACUGAAGAAAGCACAACAGUUGUAGAAUCUUCCACUUUCACCGAGGGCACCACCACUUCAGCAGAUGACAGUGCUAGCACCACUGCAGAGUAUUCAACAGAGAGUGGAGCAACAACUGAAGAAAGCACAACAUUUGUAGAAUCUUCCACUUUAACCGAAGGCACCACCGCUUCAUCAGAUGACAUUGCCAGCACCACUGCAGAGUAUUCAACAGAGAGUGGAGCAGCAACUGAAGAAAACACAACAGUUGUAGAAUCUUCCACUUUCACCGCAGACACCACUGCUUCAGGAGAUGACAGUACCAGCACCACUGGCACCACCACUUCAGCAGAUGACAGUGCUAGCACCACUGCAGAGUAUUCAACAGAGAGUGGAGCAACAACUGAAGAAAGCACAACAUUUGUAGAAUCUUCCACUUUAACCGAAGGCACCACCGCUUCAUCAGAUGACAUUGCCAGCACCACUGCAGAGUAUUCAACAGAGAGUGGAGCAGCAACUGAAGAAAACACAACAGUUGUAGAAUCUUCCACUUUCACCGCAGACACCACUGCUUCAGGAGAUGACAGUACCAGCACCACUGGAGCAACAACUGAAGAAAGCACAACAUUUGUAGAAUCUUCCACUUUAACCGAAGGCACCACCGCUUCAUCAGAUGACAUUGCCAGCACCACUGCAGAGUAUUCAACAGAGAGUGGAGCAGCAACUGAAGAAAGCACAACAGUUGUAGAAUCUUCCACUUUCACCGCAGACACCACUGCUUCAGGAGAUGACAGUGCCAGCACCACUGCAGAGUAUUCAACUGAGAGUGGAGCAACAGUUGUAGGAUCUUCCACUUUCACCGAAGGCUCCUCCACUUCAGCAGAUGACAGUGCCAGCACCACUGCAGAGUAUCCAACCGAGAGUGAAGCAACAACUGAAGAAAGCACAACAGUUGUUGAAUCUUCCACUUUCACCGAGGGCACCACCACUUCAGCAGAUGACAGUGCCAGCUCCACUGCAGAGUAUCCAACCGAGAGUGGAGCAACAACUGAAGAAAGCACAACAGUUGUAGAAUCUUCCACUUUCACCGAAGGCACCACCGCUUCAUCAGAUAACAUUGUCAGCAGCACUGCAGAGUAUUCAACAGAGAGUGCAGCAGCAACUGAAGAAAGCACAACAGUUGUAGAAUCUUCCACUUUCACCGCAGACACCACUGCUUCAGGAGAUGACACUGAAGAAAGCACAACAGUUGUAGGAUCUUCCACUUUCACCGAAGGCUCCUCCACUUCAGCAGAUGACAGUGCCAGCACCACUGCAGAGUAUCCAACCGAGAGUGGAGCAACAACUGAAGAAAGCACAACAGUUGUAGAAUCUUCCACUUUCACCAAGGGCACCACCACUUCAGCAGAUGACAGUGCCAGCUCCACUGCAGAGUAUCCAACCGAGAGUGGAGCAACAACUGAAGAAAGCACAACAGUUGUAGAAUGUUCCACUUUAACCGAAGACACCACCGCUUCAUCAGAUGACAUUGCCAGCACCACUGCAGAGUAUUCAACAGAGAGCGGAGCAGCAACUGAAGAAAGCACAACAGUUGUAGAAUCUUCCACUUUCACCGCAGACACCACUGCUUCAGGAGAUGACAAAACACCACUUCAGCAGAUGACUUUGGCAGCACCACUGCAGAGUAUUCAACAGAGGGUGGAGCAACUACUGAAGAAACCACAACAGUUAUAG